AUGCAGAUAAUUCAGAGAGCUGCUGUAGCUGGCAUGCUCGUUGUGAUAUCUGCAGGGAAUAGGCAUCUGGACAUGGACAAGACCGAAUACUAUCCUUGUUCCCGCCGGGGACUACACGGUGGAGGAAUCUUCUGUGUUGCAGCCACCAAUGGUACCAAAAUGCAGCUUGAUGACGAAAGCAAUUUUGGCUCAGCUGUUGACAUUGCCGCUCCAGGUAUAGCUGGGAUGCUCUACAGCCUUGAGCCUUCACUGAAGACUAAGCUGACUCCUGCUUACAUCAAAAGUGUCAUCAUGGUCACGGCCACCAAAGGGGUCAAGGAUAAUAAAGGAGAAAAGACUCUCUCCUUCGGCCGCGUGGAUGCUGCGGCAGCUGUUGAUAAGAUGCUUGGAAGAGGGCCUCUCUUAAAGGGGCGGUAUAAUUCCCCCAUUUCGACUCCAUUUUCUGACGACAGAGCCAUCCACGUACUUGUUUCGUGA